CGGUGAAGGGGCAGUCCAUUCCUUAAAACCCAGACAUCGACAACGAACACUCUGCGCGUUUAUUUCAAUUCUCUAACAGUAACUACUCUUGUUCAGAUCAAAAUCAAGCAAAGCUUUUUCCAAAGCCCUAAUUCGGUAAACACAACCAACAGCUAACCCGUAAAUAUACAUCUAAUACGCGGAGGUAGGAAAUUCCCUCAAUGGAGGACUCGGAGGGGGUUCUCAGCUUUGACUUCGAGGGCGGCCUCGACGCCGGUCCAAAUGCCAACGCCGCCGUCGCCUCGGGGCCCCACGUCGUCCAAUCUGAUUCCGCCGUCGGAGCCGCGGCUGCCAACGCGGCCUCCGCGGGCCCCGGGACUGCGGCCUUCGUAGCUGACUCCGCCGCCGCGGGGGGCAACCUCGCCUCGGGGAGGCGGAGCUUCCGUCAGACGGUGUGCCGACACUGGCUCCGAAGCCUCUGUAUGAAAGGCGACGCCUGCGGCUUCCUCCACCAGUACGACAAGUCGCGGAUGCCCGUCUGCCGCUUCUUCCGUCUCUACGGCGAGUGCCGCGAGCAGGACUGCGUGUACAAGCACACCAAUGAAGAUAUCAAGGAGUGUAACAUGUACAGGUUGGGCUUUUGUCCAAAUGGUCCUGACUGUCGUUACAGGCAUGCAAAACUGCCUGGACCUCCACCUCCUGUAGAAGAGGUCCUUCAGAAGAUUCAGCAUUUAAAUUCUUACAACUACAACUCUUCUAACAGAUUUUUCCAACAAAGGAAUGGUAAUUUCCCUCAACAAGCAGAAAAGUCUCAGUUUCCACACGGUCCCAACACUGCCAAUCAAGGCGUGGUUAAACCUUCAACAAAUGAGUCUUCUAAUGUCCAGCAGCAGCAACAGUCCAAGCAGCAGGUCAGCCAGAAUCAGACACCAAAUAUUCCAAAUGGCCUGCUCAAUCAAACGAACAGAACUGCUAUACCUUUGCCUCAAGGAAUAUCUAGGUAUUUUAUUGUUAAAAGUUGCAACCGUGAAAAUUUGGAAUUAUCUGUACAACAAGGAGUAUGGGCAACUCAAAGGAGCAAUGAAGCUAAACUGAAUGAAGCUUUUGACUCUGCUGAAAAUGUGAUUUUGAUUUUUUCUGUCAACCGGACUCGGCAUUUCCAGGGUUGUGCAAAGAUGACAUCAAGAAUUGGUGGAUCUGUUGGUGGGGGCAAUUGGAAAUAUGCACAUGGAACUGCACAUUAUGGGCGGAAUUUUUCAGUGAAAUGGUUAAAGUUAUGUGAAUUGUCCUUCCACAACACUCGCCAUCUGCGGAAUCCGUUCAAUGAGAACUUACCAGUCAAGAUAAGUAGAGACUGUCAGGAGCUAGAGCCUUCUGUUGGUGAGCAGUUAGCUUCCUUGCUUUAUCUUGAACCGGAUAGUGAACUUAUGGAAAUUUCACUUGCAGCUGAAUCAAAACGAGAGGAGGAGAAAGCAAAGGGAGUCGAUCCAGACAACAGAGGAGAGAAUCCAGAUAUUGUCCCAUUCGAGGACAAUGAAGAGGAGGAAGAGGAAGAAAGCGAAGAAGAGGAGGAGAGCUUCAGCCAGAUUCCUGGGGCAGCAAUGCAGGGUAGAGGGAGGGGCAGGGGAAUCAUGUGGCCCCCUCACAUGCCGCUAGCACGUGGAGCCAGACCUAUGCCUGGGACACAGGGUUUUCCCCCUGUUAUAAUGGGUGCUGAUGGGUUAUCUUAUGGACCUAUUACACCUGAUGGGUUUCCAAUGCCUGAUCUUUUUGGGGUUGGCCCCCGUCCUUUUGCACCGUAUGGUCCAAGAUUUUCCGGUGAUUUUACCGGUCCCAACUCUGGCAUGAUGUUCCGUGCGCGACCUUCUCAACCUUUCCCAGCGGGUGGAUUUGGGAUGAUGAUGGGGCCAGGGCGUGCCCCCUUUAUGGGAGUGAUGGGGGUUGCAGGUGCACAUCCAACUCGGCCUGGCCGGCCAGUUGGCAUGCCUCAAAUGUUUCCACCACCCCCACCACCAUCCUCUCAAAAUAUCAACCGGGUUAUGAAGAGAGAUCAGAGGGUGAAUGAUCGGAAUGACAGGUAUAAUGCAGCUUCAGAGCAAGGCAAGGGUCAAGAGAUGCCUAGUCCUGGUGUUGGACCAGAUGAUGAGACACGGUUUCAGCAUGGAUUCAAGGCUCACCAUGAAGAUCAUUAUGGUGGCGGUAAUAACUUUAAAAAUGAUGAGAGCGAAAGUGAGGAUGAGGCACCUAGGCGGUCAAGGCAUGGGGAGGGGAGGAAGAAGCGGCGAGGCUCAGAAGGAGAUACUACCACAGGCUCCGAUCACUUACAGAUGCCAUGAGCUGAGUGGCAAAGUAAGUGAAACUACUAACAGGGGAAGCCAUCUUCCCUAGGCUAACCUUCUUUCUUGGAAACAUAAUUGAGUAUAAUUCUUUUUGGAUACUUCUGUCGUAUUUGAGAAAUCUGGGGUGGUGAAUUGUUUUGUUUUCUGAAAGUAUUCAAAGUAUCUAAAUGCGUUGCAACUUAAUGUUGAGUUUAAUGUAAUGAGUCAGGGAAAAUGUGAUGAAUAGAUAAUGGGACUUAUGCUGA